CUUUCCUUUAAUUCAAUAUGGCAUCAGCAAUUGAUCGUGAAAAGGAGUGUCCCUUCUUAUUAAGAAUAUUUACUCGUAACGGAGGUCAUAACCCUCUAAGUCAAUAUACACUAGACUCAGUUCCUUCUGAAGAAUUAAGCCUGUAUACUUGGAAGAAUGCCACUUUAGAAGAAAUUGCCCAAUUAAUUGAACAAGUAAUUCCUGAAGCAAGAGACCCUGAUGCUCGAAUUGCUUUUCGCUUGAUUUAUCUUGAUACUGAGCGGGCAAGGUACGCCAGCCGAGACAUUGGCCGUGUUGUUGCCGCUAGUCCUACAGAUGAUCAAAAAAAGACACUGGAAGAAUGUAAAUUUUUCAUUGGGGAUUACUUGGAUGUAGCUGUAUUUAUUGGACCACCACCUGCUGCUCAACUCAAAAACAAUCGUAAUAGAGAUGGAAGACGUUCUGAUCGAUUUGGAGGCGGCCGAUUCAACAAUAGCGGUAAAAGAAACUAUGCACCUUAUAAUAACAAUCGAUUUGGCAGAGAUAGACCACCACCAAGAAGAUUCUAAUAAAGCAUUCUCCCUGCAUAAUUAAUUAACUUUUUUUUAAUUUCUGAAUAAGGAUAAAUCAAUUGCAUAUAUAAAGAACGUUUAUUUUUUUAAGAAGAAACAUGUCUUUUUUAUAUGCUGACUAAAGGUUU